AUGGAUUCAUCAACUCAGAAAAGAGUCUCCAAGGCGUGCGAUGCGUGCAAGCGGCGGAAGGUGAAGUGCAACGGCCAGGAGCGAUGUCAACAAUGCAGUCACCUCGGCCUGAGAUGCGUGUACUCGGCCACUGGCAAGCCCAGAAGUCAGGGCAAGAGAGGACAUAUCAUCUCUGAGUUCAGGAACCAAAUGAACAACUCAAAUGCAAUCUCACCGCCAGCGAUACUGCCGGCAAAUGGACAGCAUAUUCAGCCAUACGACGGUUUUACCUAUGCUAUCGGCCGCAACGGAUUCGACUCAGCAUCUCCCGAAUCUCCCAUCGCACCACAGUAUAGCAAAGCCUUCUUCUUGGACCUCAUACCAGACUACAUGGAAGGCGUCUAUCCUGUGCAGCCGGUGAUUACCGAGCACGAGUUACGGAACUACAUCAACUCAAUGACUUAUGAUCAGGAGAUGCGAUCGUUCAUAUAUUCAUUCGGUGGCUGUACCCUCAAUCUGACGCGGUACGGAGACCGAAGAACAGACGAAGUGGUGCAGACGAUCGAAAACCUCAUGGACCUGUCCAUCGACAUGAUGAAACCACCACACAAGCUCCAUCGCUCAUCAGUAAUGCGAGCUAUGCAGUCAAUCUUCAUACACAACUGCCUUAUGAGCUUACAAGGCAGCGAUGCAGCAUUCCACUGGAUGAGGGAUGCGAUCAGCGCUAUCCAGCUGCUCCGCAUCGACAAUCCGGAGCACGUCGCAAACUUGUCAGCACCUGAGAGAUCAAGACGUCAGCGACUUUACUGGCAAGCUUACAUCCACGAGCGCUUCCUGGCCAUUCUGGACUACCGCCAGGCCAUCAUGUUGCCACUCUAUACUCUGCCCGAAGACGACCCCACUAUUCCCGCGCAGGUUCAUGAGGGGUUCAAUCAGAUCAUCAAACUCUUCCGGCUACUCGACUCGGAGUUUCUUAGCAGCUGGCUCGGUGCGGCUGGCCAAACCGGUCCUGUCACUAGUACCUGGGUCGAGGCCAAGUCGCGCGAACUCGAGGGUGACCCGGAAGCCGAUGCGCUCGAGCUAGCAAAUCUUUCCAUGAUGCAGCGCGCAGACCUAACCAUCACACGUGAAUGGCUCCGCACACUAGUCUGGCGGCUCGCCAUGGGCCAAACGCUGCUUUCGUCGCGAUCGUCAAAGGAGUGCUUGUCGCUCCUCUUUCCUGUCCGAUUAUCGCAGUCCUUGCGCCACCAGCUGUCCAGCAUGUCCCGCCAGGACAUCGAAGUGCAUGGGAGCUCCAUCACGCAGAAGCUGUUUGAGAUCACCGACACCAUCGCCGAUGUGCUGAUCCACAUCCCUGCUGCCACGCUGGAAGAGACAUCUCUCCGCAUCGACGACUUCCUCUUCAUCCUCGAUUUCGUGCUGCUGCUGCCCCAGUUGGAUGCCACGCGCAGGGGUAUUCUGCUCGAGAAGCUCGAGCGCCUGCAGAUUAUGUUCCCUGAGGCGGUCAGCAACGCAAGCUCGCCAAAUUUGCCGCUGGAUCUGCAGAGCCCCUGCGCAAAUGAUCCCUGGUACCAAGUAGCGCAGUCUAAAACGGCAGCGGGCCUCGAGGAGAUGGCAGACGGACAAGCUUUGGGACAAGUGCAGACUGGGGGUGUGGGGAUCCCGAGAGAGACUAGAGUUGGUCAGCUCGCUACGUGGAAUCACAUCUCGAGGAGGCUGUCUAUGGCACAUUUCAGCACGUCGUAG